GAUUUUGUUUUUUCCAAAAAAUUGCAAUAUUUAUGAUAAUAAAAAUGUCUAAUGAUAAUGAUAAUGAAUAUUAUACUGUUAUCCGUGUGAAACGGAAAUACAUUGAAGAUCCAAAUUGUCAAGAUCGUUAUGAUUCAUCUGUAACGAAUAAACGUCUUCGUCAUAUUGGUUCAUUUUCACAGAAACAUGAUGAAAUUAGUUUAAAUUCACAGAAUUUAUUGAAAAAAAUGGGCUUCAAAGAUCGAAAACGUAUUCGAUUCAAUGAUUUUGAUGAUGAUGAACAAUUUUCUGCAUAUAUAAAUAAUUGUCAUAAAUACGACGACAACGACGAUGAUGAUGGAAAAUUUGAAUCGAAAAAAAGUAAACAACACAAUUGUUGCGAACAAACGAUUGAUGAAAAUGAUAUUUUAAACAUAUCAUUACCCGCAAACGAUUCAGUAGAUUUAAAUCAAUCAGAUACUACCAGCAAUGAAAAUGACAACCAUUAUACAAUCACUUGUAAUGGUCAGCCAAUGAUAACGGUAAACAAUUCCGUAGCCGAUGAAUUAAUGCUUAGUCGUCAGGAUAAAUAUCUUUAUGAUUAUUAUAUCCUAAUGGAUGAUUUAAUGGAAUUUGUUGAACAAGAUGAUAAAGGUGAUUAUGAUAUCGAUGGAAAUAAAAAUAAUACCAAUGUAUAUGAUGAUGAAGAACCAUCAAGCAAUGAUGAAAAUUAUCGUUAUAAUGAUUAUCCAGAUGAAGAUGGAUUCACUGAUGAUGAAGACAAAGACGAUGAUGACGACUACGACGACGACGAUGAUGAUGAUGAUGAUGAUUAUAAAAAUGGAAAAAAAUUUGAUGAAUUUGAUGAAUAUGAAGAUGAAUAUCUAGAUAGAGUUGAUAAUCUUUGUGAUGAUUUCGAUAAAUUAUAUCGUCAUGAUUAUGAUGGUGAUAGCGAUACUGAUGACGAUGAUGAUGAUGAUGAUGAAGAUUAUGAUCGUGAAUAUGCUCAAAGGAUUAUGAAUUUACGAAGAAAUUGAUUAUUUGAAAAAAAAUUGAUCAUCAUCAUUGUAAUAAAUUAUUAUUAUUCUUGA